AUGACGAGCUUUGAACAUAAUGUGAUGGUUGCUUUGUAUUGGGGUGGAGAAAUAAUUACGGAUAUGAACGGAUUUAGGUAUACUGAAUGUGCUAGAAUGAUUAUUAGCAUGUCGACUUCAACUACCUAUGUUGAAUUGGUUGGAUUGUUGCAUGAGAAAAUGGGAACAUAUAGUGAAAAUAUUCAUAUGGAUAUUUCUGGAAAAUAUCCAUGUUCAAUUCAAGGUAACAAUACAAGGUUCAUUGAGUUUAAAAUUGAGAAUGACCAAUCUUUGUUACAAUUUCUUUUCAUACCUCAAAAAUUUGCGGAUAAGAUUGAUAUAAAUAUUUUGGAGAUGUAUGUGAAGACUGUAUCGACAGAUCAAAAUGUUGCAUUUCAAGUUAGUGGUAAUCAUGGUUAUCACAUGAAUUUGUUGGCUCAAAAUUAUGGCCUUACCACGAUCAAUCAACCUCAUUUUGUAGAACCGAUUGUUCAACCACCAUUUCAACAAUUGUUGAUGCAUGAUCAUCAAUCAUUUGGUGAAGGCUCAAGUAGUCAAAUGCAUAUUGAUAAUAGUCACAUGGAAUAUGAGGCUAGAGAUAUUGAUAUCAACGUUGAUCUAUAUAAUGAUGUAAAUGCUGAAAUUAGUGAUGAAAGUUCGGAGGAAGAUGAACCUCCGAAAGAUGGUGAUGAAAUUUGGUCUGAGCAAGCAAAAAAAGAUUUAAAAAAAGGUAUGCUUUUUAGUAGUAAAGAAAAGUUGAAAAUGGCUGUAACGAUUUGGAGUUUGCGCAAAAAUAAGGAGUUCAAGGUGGUAACAUCUACCAAAAGUCUAUGGGUUGUGAGAUGUAAGUUUUAUAAUUUAUUGGGUUGCAUGUGGUUUCUUCGAGGACGAAAAGUUGGAGAUAAAUUUUGGAAGAUAGGAAAAUAUGUUGAAAACCAUAGCUGUGAGACUGAGGGGCUUUCUAGCGGUCACGCCAACCUAAAUACCAAUUUGAUUGCAUCACUACUUCUAAAUCAAAUUAGAAAAAAUCCUAAGUUCUUGGUGGUAGAUGUCAUUUCAAAGGUUCAUGAAAAUUUUGGUCACCAAGUGACAUAUAGAAAAGCAUGGCUUGGACGUCAACGCGCAUUUGAAUUGGUGUAUGGUGACUUUAAGAAAUCAUUUAGUGACCUACCUAAAUUUUUUGCAGCUUUUCAACACUUUAACCAUGGAACAAUUGUGGAAUGGAAAUACGAAGAGUCUAUGAGUUCAUCGGAGGUAAAAACUUUUAAAUUUGUAUUUUGGGCUUUCAAGCCAUGCAUUGAUGGAUUCCAAACAUGUCUCCCAGUUAUUUCAGUAGAUGGAACUCAUAUUUAUGGAAAAUAUGAGAUCAAAUUAUUAAUUGCUGUUGGAAUUGAUGGAAAUGACAACAUUCUCCCUUUAGCGUUUGCUAUUGUAGACAAAGAAUCAAAAGAGGCAUGGAAAUGGUUUUUUAGAAAUUUGAGUGCACAUGUGAUAAAAAGUAGACAAAAUGUAUGUGUUAUAUCUGAUAGGGCAAAAGGAAUCUUGACUAGUUUGCAGGAGUUGCGGCGAUUUCAAGAGCCUCGAGUCUUCCAUCGAUUUUGCAUAAGACAUCUUAAGAGCAACUUUCAAUCUAAAUUCCAAACAAGGAACUCAGCAGAUUGA